CCCCCCCCCCCCCCCCUCUCUCUCUCUCACACACACACACUUGUUGAGAAUCCAGUAGGCAUAAGCCACGGAGCUCUUAUAAAUGUCGACAGUGUACUCCAGUCCUAGCCCCACGCUUCGGAAGACUCUGAGCUUUCUCUCCUCUCCAUCGCUGCCGGCGCCUCCUCCUCCUCCUCCUCCUUCACUCUUCAAUUUCUCUCUCUCCGCCUCCCAAACCAGGGUGAAAAUGUCGUCUCUGUCGACUCAGGCUUCCACAACGCUUCCUCCUCUCCUCGAGAAUCGGAUCGUCCUAGGUUGCGGUGCAAUUGGGGUAGACUUCUUGGCGACUGUUGCUUCUUAUCCUAAACCCGAUGACAAGAUCAGAAGCACCAGCUUGAUGGUUCAAGGUGGUGGUAAUGCAGGGAAUGCUUUGACUUGUGCAGCUCGUUUGGGAUUAAAUCCAAGGCUGAUUUCCAAGAUUGCCGAUGACACUCAAGGGAGAGGAAUACUUGAAGAACUAAAAGCUGAUGGUGUAGAUACUUCUUUUAUUGUGGUUUCUAAGGAGGGCAAUUCACCAUUUACCUAUAUCAUUGUUGACAACCAAACGAAAACUCGUACUUGCGUUCACUCUCCAGGAUUCCCUCUCAUGAUACCUGAUGAUCUUGCCAAGUCCAGUUUGACAUCCGCAUUGGAUGGAGCAAGACUUGCAUAUUUUGAUGGAAGAUUGCCUGAAACUGCUUUAGUUGUUGCACAAGAGGCAAAUCGCAAGGGUAUACCUAUUCUAAUUGAUGCAGAAAGGAAGAGGGAAGGGUUGGAUGAUCUUCUAAAUUUGUCUGAUUAUGUUGUAUGCUCAGCAAAAUUUCCACAGGCUUGGACCGAGUUCCCAUCUGUUCCAGCUGCACUUGUCACCAUGCUUUUGAGGUUGCCUAAUGUCAAAUUUGUGAUUGUGACCUUAGGUGAAGAUGGUUGCAUAAUGCUCGAGAGAAGUGUAAAUCAGGAUGUUCACCCUGAAGAAAUGGAUGUAGAUAGUGUAUUAGAAGAUUUGAAGCAGAGAAAGGAUAAUAACACAGCCAUGCCAACAUGCAUUUCAUCGAUAGUGACAAAAUUGCAAGCAAAAGGGAUAGGGACAGUGAGUGGGAGGCUACUUAUAGGAACGGCUGAGAAGAUACCGCCGUCUGAUCUUGUUGAUACUACUGGUGCCGGAGAUGCAUUUAUUGGUGCAGUUCUGUAUGCUAUCUGCGCCAACAUGCCACCAGAAAAAAUGUUGCCUUUUGCUGCUCAAGUGGUUAGUAAACAUAUUUUUGCUGUCUUAGUUAUCAAGUGGCAUUUACCGAAAGGAACAAGGUAUUAAAACCUGCCGAGGGGCAGAUGGAGGGAGUGUUGGAGCACAUAUGAAACAUUAUGUUACAAAUUGGAUUAAGUGAGAAAACAAACCGAUAGCCAUCACAUUACAAAUGAUAUUUUCUUUUUUCUGAGCUAAGUGUACCCUCAAUCUAAUUGUGUAUAAACGUUUGACUUUUUCCUGUGAGAUGGAUUGCAGGCAGCUGCUGGCUGUAGAGCUUUGGGAGCAAGAACUGGUCUUCCACACCGCACUGAUUCACGCUUAGCUCCUUUUUUAGAGCUUACUACCCAGAUGGUGCAGUAAAAGGGAGAAACACAGCAUCAUCUGGCCUUCGACUUGGGCUUUUUCUUCUUGUAUUUUUCACAGGAUUCUUUUGGACUGACAUUUCACUUCUGUUGCUAGAACACUUGUGAACCAUUAAAAGGCAACUUAUAGUUGUGUGCAUGUAUCAAUGAUAGAAGCUCCAUAAAUAUGGAGAAUCAUUGACAUGUUUUUUUAAGUUACAUGAUAAUAGAUUUGACACGACUCAAGUUAAAAUAGAA